CAUUUAUAUACCGUAAUUGACAGUUUCCUUCCUAUCCAUUCGACGAGCCGCAAAACGAAGCAAGAAAUGAAGCGCGGACGUGUCGAUGUGGGUGUGUCCAAGGAGCAAUACGAGGCGUCUCUCACAGCGCCGUCGGGCCCCAGUGAUGAGGCUGGAUCAUUCCCUCGCGCGCCAACGCAGGUGCUCAAGGCACGCAGAAUCGUGACGGCCACUCCAACCUCGCGCACGCAGGAAGCGGCCCGGCAGCUCGCUGCGCUCAAUCGCGCUUUUGUUUCUAACGUCAAGGCUCAAUGGGCGCACAACAAGGCCGACAGCUGGGUGCAGAACAUGAAGGAAUAUCUCAGUUACGCACGCGAGAUCGAUGCCAAGUUCGGCGCCCAUGCGGGCCAAAUGCUGACUUUCGGCAGUGGCGACUGCGGCCAGCUCGGCCACGGCGUGGAAGAUGAAGAGGACCUCAUGAUCAAGUUCCCUCGUGUCGUGAGCCCUUUGGCUAAGCUUCAGAUUGUCCGCGUGGCCUGUGGAGGCCUCCACUCGGCUGCUAUCACUUCGGCCGGAGAGGUAUACACGUGGGGCUGCAAUGACGAUGGAGCAUUGGGCCACCUCGGCGACGAGAAUAUCCCGGCCAAGGUGGCCGGCUUUGGCCCACAGCAGGCCACAGCCGUGCAGGUUGUGGGUGGCGACUGCCACACAGCCGUCGUGACGUUGGCCGGCAAGGUUUAUACGUGGGGUUGCUACCGUGACAAGGAGGGCAAGCAGUGGUGCGACGCGCCGUCGGCCAAGGAUGCGUUCAAGAAGAAACAGCCGGAGCCUUUCCUAAUCAAGUCCCUGGACAACAUCGCUGAUGUCCGCUGUGGUAGCUCGUUCAACCUGGUGCGCACGAACGACGGCCGUGUGUACUCAUGGGGACUAGGAGAAAUGGGUCAGCUCGGCCGUAUCGUGGACGACAAAAUGAAGGACUCCAAGGGCGACUACAAGGUAGAUAUGGUGUACACGGAGCACUUGCAGCCUAAGCCUGUGAUGCUCGGAAACAAUCCACUUCCGGCUGUCAAGGCUAUUGGUUGUGGCUCGUAUCACAGCCUGUUCUCUUUGAGCUCGAAUGGGUACUUGUACUCUUGCGGGCUCAACAAUUACGGUCAGCUGGGAAUUGGCAGUACCGAAAACUGCACCGAGCUGCAGCUUGUAGAGGAUCUCAGCUCCAAGAACGUCGCGUAUGUGGAUGGAGGCGCCCAUCACUCGGUUGUCCUCACCAAUGACGGCGAUGUAUACACGUUUGGUCGCGCUGACUCGGGCCAGCUCGGUACGCUCGAGACUUGCAACACCGGCGAGUUUAAGGAUCGUCCACAGAAGGUGACAAUUCCUAAGCCCAAGAACGGCGGCUCAAGCGAGGUUCGCAUGGUCGCCUCUGGCUCCAACCACGCACUGGCGCUAACUGAGAGUAACGCGAUCUUUUCUUGGGGAUACGGCGACAUGCUGGCGCUAGGCAACGGAGUAGACCGAGACGAAAACAAACCCUACCAAGUGGACUGGUCGAAGGCCAUAUUGGGCAAAGACAAGGAAGGCGAAGAGGAGGAGUUUGGUAAGGCAGAGUUCCUGCAGGUCGAAGCUGGUGGCCAGCACAGCGCCGUGUUGGCAAGAGCCAUCGAGGACAAAUAGGUCAACAAGAUAACUCAUCGCCUGCAGCGCCAAGUUUUCUUGCAUAACCUCCAAGAAGCGAAAAACAAAGUUUAUUUGACGAAGUUGAAAUUGCAGUAAAAACAAAUUGCUGUCACGUUAAAUGCUUUGUAUAGUUUGAAGUCUUCGCAAUCGAGCGGCAAGAUAACAUAGUGCAAAUCAAGAAAAGCAAAGCAUCAAGUAUAUUUUGACUUUAGCAGACAGCUUUUAAGCUCAACGCGUGCCGUUGACCAUCAUCGAAUGCAAGUUCGAAGUUGCUCAGGGGAGCGAAAGACCCAGAGACAGGAUGCCAAUUACCAAGAGUACGACUACCUGUUGUGGUAAUCCAAACUGAACUGGAGUUGCCACGUUCGUGUAUCGACGUUUCUUGUCCGAGAGCGAGUCCGAGCCAGACGACGAAGACUCAAACGAUUUACGUCGCUUCAUCGGAGACGGAGCCGGCGUAGUCAAGUCACAUGACGACACGAACUUGUCCAGACUCGCUUGCAGCGUCAUGUUCUUCUUGUCGAAAGCGGCCUCGCAUUUCGGGAUAUCCAGAUCGUCAAUGGAGCCGAUCAUCGCUUGACAGGCCUUGGACUGGCACAGAGCAGACUGCUGGGCCUUCGUGAGGCUCGAGCGCGGCGGAACCUGGAAAUUGAGUUUACUAUCUUGGAGGCAUUUGCUUACUUCGACAGAGACAUCAUUAAAGACGCCUAACUCUUUUGGAGAGCACGGCUUGGCGUUGAUGAUACCAAUACCGCUUCCGAUCGCCACCAGUAGCAAUAGCACUGGGAGUUUAAGCCGCGUCAUUCUCGAAGAAGAUUGUACGAAGUGUUUGCUGCUGCUGUCGCUUGGUUUGUAUCGCUUACGGCUGAUUGAGAAAUGAGUAUCACCUUGGUACUCAUAGGAGUCUUCAUCCAUCUAUCUCCACCAAAAAAAAAAAAAA